GAAAGCAUUGACGGUCAAGGAAAGCUUGUCCUCAAGGCAAUGGAAAUGAGACUCGACAAGACCGAUUUUGUCGUUAGCGAUUGCGAUGAGGAGCUGCUGUUUAACUUGCCGUUCUACGGACAUGUGAGGAUUACUGGGAUAUCUGUGAUUGGAGACGAAGACGAAAGUCAUCCAGCGAAAAUCCGACUGUUUAAGGACAGAUCAAUGAUGUCAUUCGAUGACUGCAGCAUUGAAGCUGAUCAAGAGAUCAAUUUGAAGCAGGACCCAAAUGGUGUUGUUGAUUAUCCUUUGAAAGCUUCAAAGUUUGGCACGCUGUCACACAUGAGCGUUCAUAUCCAGACGAAUUUUGGCGCUGAACUGACGAAAGUGUACUACAUAGGUUUGCGUGGAGAAUACCAGGCAGAUUUUCGUCAGCAAAUUGCUAUAGCAACAUACGAGGCUCGUCCACUAAUGAAAGAUCAUAAGGGCGAGAUUCCUGACGAAGCUGGACGAAAUUUGUUCCUCCCUUCUUGUUAA